AUGGAGCAUGCUCAUCUGCCUGGUCAGCAAUACAGGUUGCCUUCAGGGCAGCCAUACGGGUACCCGCCGAACCGUCAAACACAUAGACCUAUAACGUACCAGCCUCCCGCUGGCAACCCGUAUGACCUACCUCGGAGCCACGCAUGCAUUUGUCAACAUGACCAGCAAGCACACGGACACCAGCAACACGGCCGCCCGGCGCCAAGUCGCUCACCAAACGUAUUCCCGUCCAGGCUCACUGUCAACCUGACCAUAGACAGCCGCGGCAAUCUCAUGUUCAAUAUUGGGCAGGAGUAUUAUGCCACCAUCCACCUCGGGUUCACAACGGACAAGCUCAGUGUUUUUUCGACAGGCCCAGGCCCGUCGCAGCCACUCGUGGAGGUUGAGAGCACGGGAAUGUCGGGCACAAAGGCAGACGCCAGGUGGCAGGGUGGUCAGACAGACCGCCUCAACACUCGCGAUCUCGUAUCAAUGUCGUUCCAAGUCGAUGGUCAGGUGCACAAGUGGGUCGAAACGGACAAGAGGGAGGCCAGCCACGCGCUGGGCUUUGAGUCGAAGAAGGCGCUGAAGCUUGUCGCUGGCGAUAACAAGCGAGGGCAGGCUUUGGCGUAUUGGGGAGAGGCCAAGGGAUUCCACUACACAAAGGGGACAGGGCAGCAUGCGGCGGUCGUGCAUUUGGACGGGCGUGUGGGCGACGUGGCAGUUGCUGCCGUCUUGAAGUUGUGGCAAUUGCGUGCGGCCAAAAAGCUAGGUGGUGCAAUUAGCGUUUGA